AUGAAGGUCUUUCAAUCCCUUUUAUUGGGCACAUCUUUGCUCUCUGCCUACGCAACUGCAACCCCUCCCCUUAAUGAAGCUCACGCCGGGUCAAAGUUCGUGACCUCCAAGAAGCUCCAAAAUGACAUCACAAGUAAAAAGCUGAUGAAGAACCUCAAGGAUCUUGAUACAAUCGCCAAUAACAAUGGUGGCAACCGUGCCUUCGGCUUCCCAGGCUACGCUGAGUCCGUCAAGUACAUCACUGCCCGCCUUGCCAAGGAAUCAAAGACUUCCACGUUCUACGUGCAAGACUUUCCUGCCCUAUUCAAUCGUGUAGAUUCAAUCUCGUUCGUCGUCGACGAAGUAAGCUACUACGUCUACGGAUUGACGUACUCCCCUUCCACCUCAGCGGAGGGCUUGACUUUGCCACUUGUGCUGGGCCCCACAGGUGAUGCAGGAUGUACAGUGGAUGGGUACGCCAACUUCGAUGUCAAGGACAAGAUCGUCCUCGUCGAGCGCGGUACCUGUCCCACGGGCGGCACCCUGGCCGGGCGCAUCCGUCCUGCGGCUGCAGCCGGCGCCGCAGCAGUUAUCAUUUACAACAAUGAGAAUGCUCAUGUUACAGGCGGGACGCUGUCAGCACCUGAUCCUGACAAACUAGUGCCUGGUGGUUUUAUUGAUCGUGUUGAUGGGCUGCCACUCAGAGAUAGACUUGCGGCAGGCGAGGAAAUUGAGGCGCUGUUCCAGCAGACUCAGAUUAUCGAGACGAAGAUCACGCAGAAUAUUAUUGCGGAGACUAAAGGGGGCGAUCCCAAUAAUGUUCUUGUUCUUGGUGCGCAUCUCGACAGCGUGCAAGCAGGUCCGGGAAUCAAUGAUGAUGGCUCUGGAACCAGCCUAAUCCUCGAACUCUUCACUGCCCUCAACUCCUACAAAACUAACCUCAAAGUCCGCUUUGCCUGGUGGGGGGCUGAAGAAAACGGCCUCCUCGGCUCGAGAUACUACACCUCAUCCCUCACCAGCGGCAAUGCCAGCUCAAUCCUCGCCUAUCUCAAUUUUGACAUGGUAUCCAAGGGGUUCUUCGGUGUUUUCGACGGGGAUGGCUCAACCUACGGCUUGGUGGCUCCGCCUGGCUCGGAGACGAUCGAGAAGCUGUUUGUUGACGAUCUAACUAGUAAGGGGCUGAAUGUUACACCCGCCGCGCUAAGUGGCGGGAGCGACUAUGUGAGCUUUAUGGAGGACCUGGGGAAGCCAAUCGGGGGAUUAUUUACUGGUACAGGAGAGGCGCAGGACCCAUGUUAUCAUCAGGCUUGUGAUACUUAUGCGAAUCCGAAUGCCACCGUUUUGACCAUUAAUGCCAAGACCGCAGCGCAUGUCCUAGCAACGUUAGCAAUUGAUGGUACAAAACUAAUACCUAAGACUCCGGUUGCGAGACGGGGGAAUAUUGGGGAGAUGGAGAUUAGGGAUAUCCAGUGGACUGUUGCAGAGGGGCAGGAGAAACAUUCAGAUAGCUGUGGACAUUUUGUUUGA